UCACCAAAGUCCCAAACUACUACUGGCCUCUUCGGUGGCCUUCUCGGUGCCAAGCCAACGACUCCUACUACUCCAUACACGUCUACUUCCUUCGUCACUCCUUCAAGCCCCGGUCUCCAUUCUACCUUGCGAGUCUCCAGUAGCAGUUCAACUCCUGAUUGUUCGCAGCUGGAGACACCAACUCCAUCAUUAGUAGUUAACACCUGUCAGACACCCUCUAAAACCCCUACUAACGGCCCUUGUGAGCAGAAUGAUGACAGUAUUGAGGAGUUCGAACCGAACAUUGAGUUCCGCCCUGUGCUUGAUCGUAUUCCUGAUCUGGUAGAAGCACGGACAGGUGAAGAAGAUGAGCAGGUCUUAUUUUCUCAAUCAGCUCAUCUCUACCGCUUGAACAAGUCGAAGGCUACAGACACGUUAGCCACCUGCCCACAAUGGAAAAUGCGCGGCACUGGAGAAGCUAAACUUUUGCUUCACAAAACUACCGGACAAAUUCGAUUUGUGAUGCGACGAAAUCAGGUUCGCGUACUCUCUAACUUCAAGCUUUCUAGUCAAUAUGUUGUAUUAUAUUGGGUACUUUCACCCAGAUGA